CAAAGUUGAUCGUUAGUAUACAUAAUAUACAUAAUAUAUUAAAGCAGCUGGGAAUGGUUAAUAAUUAAUAUGUUAUUCUUAAGCUUUUGUGCAACUUUUUGAAUCACUUAAACCCGUUCCACAAGCAAGAUUAAUUCUUUGUUUAAAACUUUGAACACCAUAAAGAGGCAAUAUCGAUGUUAUCAGAAAACAAAGAUUUUAUUUGCUUUGAAUUUUAAAAAAAAAAUCAUGGAUUUCUCAGCCAUUUCAUCUGUUGUCCAGACUGUUGGGAGGUUGCUAACUCAGGAAGUCACGUCGUUGAUGGGCGUGAAGGACCAAGUUGAGGAUUUGCAAAAGGAGCUUGAAUGGAUACAAAGUUUCCUGAAGGAGGCAGACGCGAGGAAAGUUGAUGAUGAGGUGGUGCGCACCAGUAUUAAUGAAAUCAGAGAAUUGGCGUAUGAUGCCGAAGAUGUGAUCGAGACUUUUGCUCUCAAAGUUGCACCUAGAAGGAAAGGAGGUUUCUCUAACGUCACCAAAAGAUUUGCUUGCAUCCUUAAUGAGGGAGGGUUGCUCUGCCAAACCAAGUGCGAGAUUCAGAAAAUCACAGCCAGAAUCACCCAAUUGACUCGGCGAUUGCAAACCUAUGAUGUAAAACAGCCAAGGGAUGGAGCAGGGUCAAGUUCUUCAAAUCAAAGGCGAGAAUUGAGGCGGCCUUAUCCUCAUAUUGUCGACGACAACGUUGUUGGGUUGCAUGAUGAUAUCAAGAAGUUGGUGUCAAUUCUUGUUGACGAGGAAAGUGAUUGCAAAGUUGUUUCCAUAUGCGGAAUGGGUGGUCUUGGCAAGACCACUCUUGCCAAGAAAAUAUACCGUCAUAGCCAUGUUAUUGGUGGUUUCAAUCGCUUGGUUUGGGUAUAUGUUUCUCAACAAUUCCAAAAAAUAAGAGUUUGGAAAGACAUUUUGUCUGGUCUUCAAAUUUUAAAUUAUGCCGACAGAGAGAGGAGAGAUGAAGAAUUAGCGGAGAAGUUACAUAACUUCUUGAAGGAUAACAAAUGUUUGGUGAUAUUAGAUGAUAUUUGGAGCAUAGAGGCUUGGGAUAGUCUUAAACCUGCUUUUCCAGUUGCAAUGAACACUAACAGCAAGUUCUUGCUCACCUCUCGAAACAAAGAGAUAGUUUCACAUGCAGAUAGAAGAGGAUACUUACAUGAAUUGCAGUGUUUAAACGAUAAUGAAAGUUGGAAAUUAUUUCAAAAGAUAGCAUUUUCACAAGCACAUCCUACAGAAAACAUAGUUGAUCCAAAACUCGAAGAGUUAGGGAAAGACAUGGUUUAUAGCUGUCGAGGGUUGCCAUUAGCCAUCAUUGUAUUGGGAGGCAUUUUGGCUACAAAGAGUUCAAUACAUGAAUGGCAAAUCGUGCAUAAAAAUGCUAAAUCAUACUUAAAGAAAGGAAAAGGUGCCCAACAAAUUGAGCAUGUGUUAGCCUUGAGUUAUGAUGAUUUGCCGCCUUAUUUAAGACCAUGUUUCCUUUAUUUGAGUCAAUUUCCAGAAGAUUACCAGAUACCUACAGAAAAAUUGAUUCAACUGUGGGUUGCAGAAGGCAUUGUGUCAUCAACAGAGGAUGAAGGAAAUGGAGAAGUUAUGGAGGAUGUUGCAGAAGGCUUCUUAGACGAGCUUGUGGAAAGGUGUAUAGUUCAAGUUGGGGAAAGAGACCCAACCUUGAAGGUCAGAACUUGCCACAUGCACGAUCUAAUGAGAGAUAUUUGCCUGUCAAUUGCAAAGCAAGAAAAUUUUCUCAGCAUCAUCAAUGAUUCCUCAUUGUCUCCAUCCAAUACGAGGGCAGUCCGUAGAAUUGUUGUACAUCAACACAUUCAUGUUCAGCGCAUUAAAAGUAGUAUCCCUCUUAGAUCCGUCUUGUUCUUUUGGAGCCCGUUUGAUUUGGGUUUGGAACCCGGUCAAAGAGAUGAGGAGGAUUUUUGCUGUUUGGUCUGGUUGGUUUGUGUGAUGCUGAAAUGGAAGAGAUCUUGGAAGUACAUGUUUGGAAAAUUUAAGAAGCUUAGAGUUCUAAGCUUUGAAGGAGACAUGAAAGGAUAUUCAGGAUGUAAGUUAUCUAGUGCUAUAGGUAAUCUCAUCCAUCUUAGAUUCUUGAAUUUACGUGGUAUUCAAUUCAAUUGGCCAAAAAUCCCUUCGUCUCUGGGCAACUUAAGGUGUUUGCAAACCUUGGAUUUAAGAAUUUUUGGUCUUGUUGUAGAUAUGUAUAGUUAUGUACCUAACAUAAUAUGGAAGUUAGAGCAGUUAAGACAUCUCUAUCUCCCGGAGAGCAUGACAGAUGAGACCAAAUUGAAGUUGCACACCUUGACAAACAUUUUAACACUAAUCAACUUCAACACAAGGAACUGCUUCGUUGCAGAUCUUUCCAAGUUCACAAAACUUAGAAAGUUGGGAAUUUGUGGGCCAUUUGAUUUUAAGGAGGAGCUGGAUAAGAAUUUGCCAAUUAUAGCAAGUGACUGCCUUCGGUCCUUGUCUAUUUGGAAUGAUAAAGGAAUAGAUCCGAAAGUAUUAGCUCACCUCCUUUUGAGUUGUGUUAAUUUGUGUAAGUUGAUUUUACAAGUGAAGAUAGAGAAGUUACCAGAUUUUCACCAUUUCUCUUCGAGUAUCGCUUAUUUACACUUGAGAGAGUGCGAGCUUGUGGAAGAUCCUAUGUCAACACUAGAGAAGCUGCCCAAUUUAAGGGUUCUGGAAUUAUAUGUGUAUGCUUUCAUUGGAGAGGAAAUGGUUUGCUCUGCACCCGGUUUUCCUAAACUUGAGUCUCUAACCCUUUACGGGCUGUGGAAUUUGGAGGAGUGGGAGGUGGAAGAAGGAGCCGUGCCUGCUCUAUUCUAUUUGGAGAUUAAAGGUUGUAAAAAACUGAAGAUGCUUCCAGAUGGAUUGAGAUUUAUUACGACCCUCCAAGAAUUGAAGAUUGAGUAUAUGCCAAAGGAUUUUAAAGAUAAAAUGGUGCAAGGAAGAGAAGAUUUCUACAAAGUCCAACAUAUUCCUUCCAUCAUAUUUUAUGAUAUCUACAAUGUGUGAAAUUUAUAUCACUUCUUCUUGAUUAAAAACCUAUGAGUUCAGGGGAACCAAGUGUCAAGUGUGGUGUCGUGCUCAAUUGGAUGCAUCAAUAAGGAAAAGGAGGCUGCCAUUUGUUGAUGCUGAUCUGUGGCCACCCUCUUUCUAAUGUUGUAAAAUUCUCUAUUUUGAUGUGAUUUUGUAUCUUCUACCUUAUGAUUAACGAAACCUCUUUGGUUUGAUCUACAACUUCUAAGUAAUUACUUUUAUUAUUAAUAAUAUGACUCCUCAGCUUGUUCUCUUUUCUAUUAA